UCAAAAAAGAAAGAAAUUAAAGAGCGAGGCUCAAAGUCGAUGGAUCGCCCAGUCCCACAACUUCGUAGUCAAAACCAGACUCGGGUUCACCCUCCUCCCAGGUGUGGUUCUAUAACCCCUUUUACUGACGCCGAUGCGCACGCAGAGGGCAGAGAUGGCCCAUCCUUAGCAGAGACCAACCUCCACCCUACGCAGCAGAGCACGCAGCUCGCGGGCGUAGUGGGGGGGUGGGGGGGCCUUUUUUCUAGAUCUCAAAGCCUGCUGUGAUGGAGAAUCUGGUGCAGCCCUUUCCCUCCUCUGCCUCUCCUGGCCCGCCUACCGGGGAACUUCCCGCCUGGAGCCUCCGGGAGGGGAGCGGUGCAAGCUGCCCGCGUCAUCUGAUGCUGUUUCCUGCAGGAGGGAGAAGAGCGGAAAAAAGUGAAACUCCACCCUCCACCUCUGCCUCCCGCCCCCCGGGGCCAAAGUACAAAGGGAGGAGGAAGAAGGGAACGGGGUUGGAGCCGUCGGGGCCAAAGGAGCCAGGGCCAGGAAGAGGUAGUCUCGGCCCAACUGGGGACGCUCCCUCCAGCCCCUGCGCGAAAAGACCCAACCGGAAUUGAGACGCUGCCCCUGGAGGCCCCACCUUACGCUUGGUGAGGGUCGGAGCCAGGCUCCCAGGACUGCUCCAGAACCGAGGGAAGCCCGGGCCCUUCCAAGCCAGCCAUGGUGAGGCGCCAGAGGCCUCGGGGCCCCACACCCCCAGCCUGACCACACUGCCCUGGGUGCCCUCCUCCAGAAGCCCGAGAUGCGGGGGGCCGGGAGGAGACACUCCUGGCUCCCCAGAGAGGCGUGGGUCUGGGGCUGAGGGCCAGGGCCCGGAUGCCCAGGUUUCGGGACUAGGGCCUCGGCAGCCAGCAGGGGUGGGGACCACAGGCAGCCAGAGAAGGUCCUCCACGCAUCCCGACGCCGGCUCCGGGCCAUGGAGCCCUUGAAGAACCUCUUCCUCAAGAGCCCUCUAGGGUCAUGGAACGGCAGCGGCAGCGGGGGUGGCGGGGGUGGCGGAGGAGGCCGGCCUGAGGGGUCUCCAAAGACAGCAGCUUAUGCCAACCCGGUGUGGACAGCCCUGUUCGACUACGAGCCCAGUGGGCAGGAUGAGCUGGCCCUGAGGAAGGGUGACCGUGUGGAGGUGCUGUCUCGGGACGCAGCCAUCUCAGGAGAUGAGGGUUGGUGGGCGGGCCAGGUGGGGGGCCAGGUGGGCAUCUUCCCAUCCAACUAUGUGUCUCGGGGCGGUGGCCCGCCCCCUUGUGAGGUGGCCAGCUUCCAGGAGCUGCGGCUGGAAGAGGUGAUCGGCAUUGGAGGCUUCGGCAAGGUCUACCGUGGCAGCUGGCGAGGAGAGCUGGUGGCUGUGAAGGCAGCUCGCCAGGACCCCGAUGAGGACAUCAGUGUGACAGCUGAGAGCGUUCGCCAGGAGGCCCGGCUCUUUGCCAUGCUGGCACACCCCAACAUCAUUGCCCUCAAGGCUGUGUGCCUGGAGGAGCCCAACCUGUGCCUGGUGAUGGAGUAUGCCGCCGGUGGGCCCCUCAGCCGAGCUCUAGCCGGGCGGCGCGUGCCUCCACAUGUGCUGGUCAACUGGGCUGUGCAGAUUGCCCGUGGGAUGCACUACCUGCACUGUGAGGCCCUGGUGCCCGUCAUCCACCGAGACCUCAAGUCCAACAACAUUUUGCUGCUGCAGCCCAUUGAGGGUGACGACAUGGAGCACAAGACCCUGAAGAUCACCGACUUUGGCCUGGCCCGAGAGUGGCACAAAACCACACAAAUGAGUGCUGCGGGCACCUAUGCCUGGAUGGCUCCUGAGGUUAUCAAGGCCUCCACCUUCUCAAAGGGCAGCGAUGUCUGGAGCUUUGGGGUGCUGCUGUGGGAACUGCUGACCGGAGAGGUGCCCUACCGUGGCAUUGACUGCCUCGCUGUGGCCUAUGGCGUAGCUGUUAACAAGCUUACACUGCCCAUCCCAUCCACCUGCCCCGAGCCCUUCGCACAGCUUAUGGCCGACUGCUGGGCGCAAGACCCUCACCGCAGGCCCGACUUCGCCUCCAUCCUGCAGCAGCUGGAGGCGCUGGAGGCACAGGUCCUACGGGAAAUGCCGCGGGACUCCUUCCAUUCCAUGCAAGAAGGUUGGAAACGCGAGAUCCAGGGUCUCUUCGACGAGCUGCGAGCAAAGGAAAAGGAACUACUGAGCCGCGAGGAGGAGCUGACGCGAGCCGCGCGCGAGCAGCGGUCACAAGCGGAGCAGCUGCGGCGGCGCGAGUACCUGCUGGCCCAGUGGGAGUUAGAGGUGUUCGAGCGCGAGCUGACGCUGCUGCUGCAGCAGGUGGACCGCGAGCGGCCGCACGUGCGCCGCCGCCGUGGCACCUUCAAGCGCAGCAAGCUCCGGGCGCGCGACGGCGGCGAGCGCAUCAGCAUGCCACUCGACUUCAAGCACCGCAUCACCGUGCAGGCCUCACCCGGCCUUGACCGGAGGAGAAACGUCUUCGAGGUCGGGGCUGGGGAUUCGCCCACCUUCCCCCGGUUCCGGGCCAUCCAGUUGGAGCCUGCAGAGCCAGGCCAGGCAUGGGGCCGCCAGUCUCCCCGACGUCUGGAGGACUCAAGCAAUGGAGAGCGGCGAGCAUGCUGGGCUUGGGGUCCCAGUUCCCCCAAGCCUGGGGAAGCCCAGAAUGGGAGGAGAAGGUCCCGCAUGGAUGAAGCCACAUGGUACCUGGAUUCAGAUGACUCAUCCCCCUUAGGAUCUCCUUCCACACCCCCAGCACUCAACGCCACAGCAAACAGAGAGAGCCGCAGCCCCCAGGGAUACAACGAAUGCUUCCACAAUAUGAAAUUGCAGAUGUGCGGCCAGAAGGCCACCCGUCUGAGGUUUCGUGAAAGCACUGGAAACCAUGGUAGUUACUGUUUUUGAUAGGUGUGCCAGCCUCAGCACCAGUGGCCUUCCUGGCUGAUGAAGAAAUGGAUUGCCGCUUGCCCCUUUACCUGAAAGGAUCGUGAGCUGCCCCAGCUCAGUGGCAGGCUGAGCACAUGGUUCCCCUAGCCCAGCCCCACACUCAACGCACCAUCUGGGUCCAUGAGAGUACACCAUGACAUUGACCUCACAGCCACCCACAGAAACCCAGCUAAGAAUCAAAGAAUGGGGCCUCACAGAGGUCCCAGACCCUCUGAGAUGGUCCCAGGCAUAAGCCACACCACUGGAGAGCCUCAAUACCUGCCCCCAAACACCCUGUACCAGUGGGCUUUUCUGGCCCCUGAAGAGCUGGUUGCAAGGAGGGGCACAUGGGCAGGGUGCACUCAGCUACACUGACAGCAGCUGCCCUGUGAAGCUUGUUGCCUUGGAGCCAAUAACUACAUGGCCAUGUCCUCUCCAUGGUCUCUCCUCAUCAGAAACUGCCCCACAGAAGCAGUUUCACAUCUGUCUUUGGGUCAAUAAGAGUCAUGCUGCUUUCUCCUAAACAACCAGGUUGCUAACUCUUGCUGCCAGGAAGCUUAGAGGCAAAUUCAAAUUCUAGCUGGAUUACCUUGAAGAAGUCACUUGCCCUUCAGAACCUCAGUUUCUCAGGCCAUUGACGGCAGGAACCUCUGUUCACUCUCAUUUUGUCUGCUAGACCCUAUCUUUUCUCUUCCCUUUGUUUCAUUUCUCCCUUUUAUUUUUUAUUUAUUUAUUUUUCUUUAUUA